CAGCCAUUCGCUGCGGCGCAGAAUCUGCACUAUUGGUGCGAUUACUUGGCCCGCUCUUAGCGAUACUUGGCUUGGCAGUGAGUGUGGAGUUAAUCUCAUACCAAGCGAAGUUAGGCUUAGUAUGGAUUUAUAUGAAGCUUUUCCGUCUCCACUUUUUCUGACAAUACCUGCAAGUCACGUUUCGUGACGUUAUCCAUCCUAAGCAGGUGGGGUCGAUAUCAGAAAGGUAUUGAGUUUCUGCUCCUUUCAGUCUUCCUGGUUCCUGGUAUCGGAAUUUCAACAAUUGCUCUACUACUGUCAACCAUGCCAGAUACAUUCAAUGAUACCAUGUCCCAGGAUUUCCUGGUCCAGGACAAAUUAGCUCUCAAUGCCGCAGAAAACACCAUCCCAGGCGCUGUUUGCUGGGCAAUAGAUUCGACAGGGAACCCCGUUCUACCUCCAGAUACCUUAGGGCAUCGCUCUAUUCUUCCUGACGCUCAACCUAUGUCUAAGGAUACGGUAUUCUUCUUAGCUUCCACAACAAAACUCGUGACUGCUGUCGCUGCGAUGCAAUGCGUCGAACGUGGGUUAAUUAGCCUCGAUGACCCCGUAGGCAAGCACUUACCAGAAAUCGACAACGCAAAAGUCAUUGAAGGAUGGCGACAAGAUGAAAAUGGCAAAGAAGAGCCAAUUUUAAGACAAGCAACGAGUCAGGUAACUCUUCGUCAACUUCUUUGCCAUACCAGCGGCGUGAGCGCCAGUAUCUUUGACCCGGUCUAUCGAAAAUAUAAUGAUUGGAAAGGGUGGCCGCAACGCAAUCCCACGACUCCGGAAUUGAUGGCACAUCCGUUGAGAUUUGACCCUGGGACAAAAUGGAUAUAUGGUUUUGGGAUAGACUGGGCCGGAAUUCUGGUAGGACGCUUGAACAAUUGCACUUUGGGAGAGUAUUUCCAGACAAAUAUCUUCGACCCGUUAAAGUUGACUUCCACAACAUUACGACCAACAAAACAUCCAAAAAUCCAAGAUCGACUGGCGUCAAUUACCGUAAGAGAUAAGUUAGGACAAUUACAACCAGAGCCGUUCAACAUCUGGUUGAAGGACUCAGAAGAAGUGGAGAUGGAUUCAGGUGGCUAUGGGCUAUUUUCCACCGCCGAAGAUUAUAUUUCCUUUCUCCACACCUUCAUCUUGGAUGACAAUCCUCUUCUGAGCAAGGAAUCAAUGGAUGAGAUGUUCAAGCCACAACUUCCGAGCUCUGAAUGGCUGAAAGCAAAUGCCGUGGAUUCAAAGGGUAUCGUCAUAUCUGGGAACAUCAUGUUCCCAGAGUCUCCUGUUAAUCAUGGGCUGGGAUUUAUUCUCGCUGAGGAAGACUUACCAACCGGUUGUACUGCCUGGGCUGCCGAAGGAGGAGGACUGACGAACACAUUUUGGUGGAUUGAUAGAAAGGCAGGAAUUGCUGGUGUGGUGUUCCUCAAUAUGUUACCAUAUAUGGAUACAGAAGCGGUCCAGCUUUGGAAAAAGUUUCAAGCGAAGACUUAUAGCAAGCUGAAAGAAAGGUGAACAGCCGGCCACUAGAUAGCGAGCAUUUUUAGAGUCUUUCAAUGACAAUGGGAAAGCGGUAUUAGUUUGUGCGUAGCUG